UUUCCGCAUUUGCCAUGCUCACGAACGACAUCAUGGACGACAUCCAGGAGCUGCAGAGCCUCCUAGCAACCGUCAAGUCCCCGCGCCUGGCCACGGACCUGACCGCGCUCCUCCGCGCCAAGGAGAUGGCCUUGGCCAAGACGCAAGCACAAGUCCCGGUUGCAACCCCGGCACCGACACCGACGGUCUAUGCGCCUCCCCGCGUUGCCGACACGGAGGUGUACACGGAAGUGUCGACCUUUGGCUGGGAAGACGAAGGCUACGGCAAGCCCAAGGUCAUGGUGUACAUCACAUCGGGCAUUGAUGGCGUCGGCGAGCUCCCGGCGUCGCAGGUCACGUGCGACUUUACCAAGCACAGUUUUGACCUCAAGAUCAAGCAGCUCCGUGGCAAGAACUACCGCCUUGUGCGCUACCAUCUCGACAAGGAGAUCGACCCGAAAAAUCCAAGUUUCUCUUCAAGAAGAACCGCGUUACGAUCACGCUGUGGAAGGCCGACGAGAAGAACACGUGGGCAAACCUCACGGCCAAGAACCCGGGGGCGGCCAGCGCGGCCAAGGCCAACCCGUCGGACCCCUCGGCCGGUAUCAUGGACAUGAUGAAGAACAUGUACGACGAAGGCGACGAAGAAAUGAAGCGUACAAUCGCCAAGGCAUGGACCGAAAGCCGCAACAAGACGGCGGCCGGCGGCUUGUAACCCACGCUUUUCAUUCCAUCAUCAUCAUCAUCUUUAACCUAAUCCAGCUGCCUGUUUGCUACGUGGACGGAC